GUGAAAGUUAUAAUCAGAAUCCACACUUUCACUUUGACAAAUUCAAAUACAAGAUGUAAUUCUUAAUCUUUCUUUUUAGAAAAACUUGACCGUGAAAACUCUGACUGAAGGUACACUAAAUCAAACUUAUUCUAUGCUACAUCUCAACAAAAAUACAACAACACAUAUAACAAACAUCUCUUUUUUUUAUUAAGAAAUGCCUAAAACCUACGUUGAUAAUGCUUAUAACAGAAGUGUUGGUAGAGUUGGAAUGGUUCAUGGAAGCGCAGUUAUUCCAAGUGGUAGCUCAGGAAGUAGACAAAGUAGUAGUUAUUCAAGUUACUCAUCUGGAUCUACAGCAUCAUCAAACCGCAGUUACGUAGAUAAUGCUUACAACCGUAGUGUAGGUAGAGUUGGAUUGGAAGUUGGCUCCAUGGUUAUUUCAAAAAAUAAUAGCAGUUCAACGCCAAGCAAUUAUUACUCUAAUGAAAGAACAUACGUUGACAAUUCUUUCAAUCGUAGUGUAGGUAGAGUUGGAUUGGAUAUUGGCUCCAUGGUUAUUUCAAAAAAUAAUGACAGUUCAACAAAAAGCAAUCAUCACUCUAAUGAAAAAACAUACGCUGACAAUUCUUUUAAUCGUAGAGUAGGCAGAGUUGGUUUAGAAGUUGGCUCAAUGGUUAUUUCAAAAAAAAAUGACAGUUCAACAAAAAGCAAUCAUCACUCCAAUGAAAAAAUAUACGCUGACAAUUCUUUUAAUCGAAGAGUAGGCAGAGUUGGAUUAGAAGUUGGCUCUAUGGUAAUUUCAAAAAAUAAUGACAAUCCAACACAAAGGAAUCAACAAUUUCCAGAAAAAAGUCAAAAAACAAAAAAACAAGAAGAAAAAGGAAUGAGGGCAGAAGCUGUUAAAUUGACAGAAAAUGAUAAAUCAAAAAAAGUUUACGUAGAUAAUGCAUUCAACAGAAGACAUGGAAGAGUUGGAUUACCACUUGGUUCCAAACCUUUAAGGAAAAAAGUAGAAGUUGUUCCUCUACCCACCUUUCCCUAUGAAGAAUUGUGUCCGCAACUAAAUGACUAUAGUGGAUACGACAUUAAGCUUCAGGAAAUUAUACAAAACUUGAUGGAUCGAAUAGUUAUUGAAAAAAAUUUAGCACUUGAAUCGCAAGAAUUAAUUCCUAUAAAUACGUUACAAUCAUUUGCAAACAUAUCUGGAAAGGAUGUUGCAUACGAAGAAUUAGAGCUGAUUAAAAAAAUUGGAUCUGGGGGCUUCGGGGAAGUUUAUUUAUCUAAAUGGAAAGAUGCAAUUGUGGCUGUAAAAAAACUACGUCUUCAAAGAAUUUCAAAAAAUCGUCUAAAGGAUUUUACAAAAGAGGUUACAAACUAUUAUACGUUAAAUCAUCCAAACGUUGUUAAAUUUUUAGGUGCAUGCACAGUUACUCCAAACUUAUGCAUUAUAAUGGAAUACAUGGAUAUGAGUUUGUUUGAAGCUAAGAUUGAUAUAGACUUUUCUGAGGAAGAACGUCUUAAAAUCAUAUCACAAGUAUGCAAGGGUUUACUUUAUUUGCAUGAAAAAGGAAUUGCUCAUUGUGAUUUAAAAACUCAAAAUAUUUUACUACGUUAUAAUGAAAAGGAAAACGUUUGCGUUGCUAAAAUUUGCGAUUUCGGAUUAAGCAUCAUUAAACAUAAUACAGAAACUUCGGGCUCCAGUAUUGAGCAAUAUUUUAAAAAUAUUGGAACACCGCGCUAUUCCGCUCCAGAAGUGUUAAGAGGGGAGCUAAUAGCUGCAUCUGCGUGGUUUAUGUGUGACAUUUACUCGUUGUCUUUAAUUUUUUUUGAAAUAAUUUAUGAAGAAGAGCCAUUUAAUAAUCUUUCAUAUGCUCAGUUACAAAAGCAAGUGGGAGAAAAUGGUUUAACUCCUGACAUUCCAUCCAAUGUAAGUGUUGACCAAGAUAUUAGUAAUCUUAUGAAGGCGUGUUGGAAGUUUAGCCCUGUUCAAAGACCUAAAAUAAAUGAAAUUGAGAAGAAAGUAAACCAUAUUACAAGAAUUUAUUGCGAUUAAAAAUGCAAAAGCAAACGAAUAAUUUUAGAAUAUUUUAUAGUGAUUAUAUAAAAGUUCUUAUCACCUUUGAACAUCAUCUUACUUGAAUUUUCUUGACGUUUAAAUGUAGUCUGUUUUUUAUACUUAUAUUUUGAUAUAUCUAAAUUUACGCAGAAAAUUGUAACAAACACAGAAAUUUAUUUUCUGAAUUAA